AUGUUCUUCUCACAACCGCCACACCUCGCCAAGGCGGAGGAGCUGAAGCAGGCUCCCCCAAAGGGCACCCCGUAUGCCGUGGCCAUCCCCGGGACUGAGCAGCCUGGCCGCACUCGAGUAUACCGGGCAUGGAAUGCGCAGAAGGAGCUGUUGACCACGUUGGAUCCCCAGGUGAUCACCGCGCAUGACAUGUUCGAGUCCUCGGCCAACCGCCACCCCAACAGCGACUGCGUCGGCUGGCGCCCAUUCAACCCAGUCACCAAGACCUUUGAUGGCUAUCAGUGGCUCACAUACGGGCAGGUCCAGAAGCGCCGCGCUGCAUUCGGUGCUGGUCUGGUUGAGCUGCACAACAAGCACGGAUGUCACCGUCCUGGCCAGUAUGGUAUUGGUCUCUGGUGCCAGAACCGCCCGGAGUGGCAGAUCACUGAUCUGGCCUGCAUCUCCCAGGGUCUCUACUCAGUCUCCAUCUACGAUGUGCUCGCCCCAGACGCGACCGAGUAUAUCAUUAACCACGCCGAGCUGAACUGUGUUGUUACCUCUCUCCCGCAUAUCCCUACCCUUCUAAAGCUCAAGAAUGCCCUGCCCAACCUCAAGAUGAUUGUCAGUCUUGACCCUCUCGAUGCGGGUGAGCAGGAUGGUCACUCCAAGCGUGCCCUGUUAGAGUCGAUGGCCGCUGGCCAGGACUUGUCGAUUUAUACUAUUGAUCAGGUCGAGGCUUUGGGAGAGGCUUCGAAGCGUGGAUACAAUCCUCCUUCUCCUUCGGACAUUGUCACCAUCAACUAUACCUCUGGCACUACUGGCCCUCCCAAGGGUGUCGUUCUGACCCACAAGAACGCCGUGGCUGCUUCCUCUGCCGGUUUCGUCACCCUCGGCCAGUCCAACAAUGACACCAUAUGCUCUUACCUUCCUCUUGCUCAUAUUUACGCCCGUCUUUCCGAGCACAUUGCCUUCUGGGGUGGCGCUCGGAUUGGCUACUUCCACGGCAACAUUGUGGAGCUGGUCGAUGAUCUGAAGCUGCUGAGGCCCACUGGCUUCAUAUCCGUGCCCCGUCUGUACAACCGCUUCGGUACUGCGGUGCGAGCUGCCACCGUCGAGGCUCCUGGCUUCAAGGGUGCCCUGUCGCGUCACAUCGUUGCCGCCAAGACGGCCAACCUGAAGAACCCCGACCCCUCCAAGGCCACCGGCAAGCAUGCCAUCUACGACCGUAUCUGGGCCAAGAAGGUCGCCGCCGCUCUCGGUCUCGAGCGUUCCCGCUACAUGAUCUCCGGCUCUGCUCCUCUUGACCCUACCCUGCACAACUUCCUGCGUAUUGCCACUGGUGCCGAUGUCCUGCAGGGCUACGGUCUGACCGAGUCGUAUGCCUGCGGUACCGCCCAGUCUACUGAUGAUCUCACCGCUGGUAACUGCGGUAGCCUCGCCUCCUGCACGGAAGUCUGCCUCGUCUCCCUGCCUGAUAUGGAGUACUCGGUUGAUGACAAGCCCUACCCCCGUGGUGAGCUGCUCAUGCGUGGUAACAACAUGUUCAGCGAGUACUUCAAGAAUCCCGAGGAGACCUCCAAGGCCAUGACCGAGGACGGGUGGUUCCGCACUGGCGAUGUGUGCCAGAUCGACGAGAUGGGCCGCAUCAUCAUCAUCGACCGCCGCAAGAACGUGCUCAAGCUCGCACAGGGCGAGUACAUCUCGCCCGAGCGCCUGGAGGGUGUGUUCAUGUCCGAGCUGGGCUAUCUGGCCCAGGCGUACGUGCACGGUGACAGCAUGCAGACCUUCCUGGUGGGUAUCUUCGGUGUUGCGCCCGACCUGUUCGCUCCGUUCGCCAGCAAGGUUCUAGGCCGUCCUAUCGGCGCGACCGACUUGGAUGCGAUCAAGGAGGCGCUGUCGGAUGACAAGAUCCGCCGCGCUGUGCUGCGUGAUCUUGAGCGUGUCGCUAAGAAGCAUAAGCUCGCUGGCUAUGAGCGCGUGCGCAACGUCUCUUUGAAGUUGGAGCCGUUCACUGUCGAGAACAACCUGCUUACCCCGACUCUCAAACUCAAGCGCCCCCCUACCGUCAAGGUCUUCCGCCAGCUCUUGGACAAGCUGUACGAACAGGCUCUGGAGGAGCAGUCUGCGCCGCGCGCCAAGCUGUAG